AUGGAGCAGAAGGUGCGCGAUGCGAUGGCAGCACAGGAGGCCCAGGAGGCCGAGAAAGAGGCCGCAGAGCCCAAGAAGAAGAAGCGGAGAAAGAAGGUGAAGACAGAGGAAGAAGAGCGGAUCUGCAAGCUUCUCGUGGAAAUUCUUGUCAACCGAUUGGAACGUCCGGUGAUGCAGCAAGAUGACGUGAUGAAGAUGCCUUUGUACCCGACGGAGGACCUGAUUUGGGAUCCAAAUCUUGUCCCAGAAGAACACUACUCAGGUGACUACACUCUGGCCCUGCCCAAGCUCAAUCUGCAGUUCCUCACGAUACACGACUACCUGCUGCGAAACUUCAAUUUGUUCAGACUGGAGUCCACGCAUGAGAUACGAGAUGACCUUCAAGAUCAAAUCCCCAGGAUGAAAGCCUCCGCCGAUCAAGACGGUGGCACUCAUUUCUCCGGCUCCGGACGGAUGAUGGUGCCUCUGGGCGGGCUGGAAGUCAUGAACGUGAAAAGGCCCAAAGUAGGAGAGGAGGUUCCAUCGGAAGUCCGGGCAGAAGUCCGCUGGUCCUUGACGGGAGUUCUGCCGCAGAUCCGAGAAGAAUGGGAUACGCUGAGAGAGCACGAUGUGAUCUUCCUGAUCAGGAUCAAAGCACCAGAGGAGCCCUACGAUGGCCGGGUUGCCGACCUCACAGUGGCGGAGUUUCCAGAGAAGUUCGGUGUCGUGAGCGUGCGCGGAGCAGAGAUCACAGAGCUGCUUGACGACGAAGGCAAUGUCAUCAGCGAUCCGAACCCUGCAGAGCGCAAGACUCCCGUUGGAGACGGACGAGUAGCACGCGUGAUUUUGGACCCUGCGCAGUACCAUCAGGACUUGGAGGCGAUGGCGUCUGGGAAGACCGAGAUCUACAGCAACUUGAACCUCGUCCUGCGCCGCAAGCCGAAGGAGAACAACUUCAAGGCCAUCCUUCACACGAUCAGGAGCCUGAUGAACAAUGAGGACACAGUUGUACCUGACUGGCUCCAUGAUCUCUUCCUCGGAUACGGAGACCCCGGAGCGGCUCAGUACUGGAAGCUUCCAACCACGCUUAGUGAAAUUGACUUCAGAGACACCUUCCUGGACGAAGACCACAUACUGGAAUCCUUUCCCGACGCUGAAGAUAUCGAUGUGCCGGAGGACUUGAAGAGGCCUUUCAAGUUGAAGUUCGAAGCAGUCAAGGGCACAGGCGGUGCCAGCACUCUGAGCUCCAAGAGGCCACAGGAACGAGUGAUUGCUUCGGCGUACACUUUGCCCAACAUGGGCCCGUACCCAGAGUGCAUGCCGCGAGAGAACUCGAUCCGCUUCACGCCCGUGCAAGUGGAGGCUAUCCGGUCGGGCGUGAACCCUGGCUUGACCAUGGUGGUGGGACCUCCUGGAACUGGCAAGACCGACACCGCCGUGCAGGUUGUGAACCUGCUUUUCCACAACUUCCCAGACCAGAAGAUCGUGCUCGUGGCACAUUCCAACCAAGCCCUCAAUGAUCUGUUCGAGAAAAUCGUAGCUCUUGACAUCCCUGAGCGCUACCUGCUCAGACUGGGUCGCGGGAUUGAGGAGCUGGAUGCGAAGCAAGACUUCUCCAAGUGGGGUCGAGUCAAUCACAUGUUGAAGCGCCGAAUAGAUCUGUUGGCCAAAGUAGAGCGAUUGGCUGACACCUUCGGUCUCUCUGGACAGGACGUGGCCUACACUUGCGAAAACGCGCAGCAUUUCUUUCUGCACCAUGUGCGGUACCGGUGGGAAGAGUUCCACAAGAAGCUGGGCAUAGUUGGCAAAAACGGUGCCAACAUCCACAAGGUUCUGGGAAAGGCCGGGACGAAGAAGCGCCGCCUCGACGAAGAGGCAGCGGAGGCAGCAGAUGGCAGGCAAAAUGAAGACGAGAACAGCGAGGAGGUGAAAAGGAUACGUGAGCAGCUGUUGAGUGGCCAGAAGACCGUGAUCAGUGUCUUAUUUCCUUUCACAAAGUUCUUUGCGGAUGCUCCUCAACCACUUUUCCCGUCAGAGUCCCACGAAGCAGACCUAGAAAUUGCCGAAGGCUGCUUCCGGUACUUCGAGAAUAUGUUCAGGGAGAUUGAGGAAUGCCGUGCCUUCGAGCUUUUGCGGAACGGCCAUGAUCGUGGUGACUACCUGAUCACAACGCACGCUCGAAUCAUUGCGAUGACUUGCACCCACGCUGCUCUUACAAGGUCAACAUUGGUGAAUUUGUCAUUCAAGUACGACAACCUUCUGAUGGAAGAAUCUGCACAAAUCCUGGAAGUGGAGACGUUCAUACCGAUGCUGCUGCAGAAUGCGGAAAGCGGUGUCAGCAGGAUCCAAAGAGCAUUGCGAUGUGUUCGCACGACUGGGUUAGUUGGGGUGUUGCUCCUCAAAUCUUCAGUCUCGAGGUUCUAG